CAAGCCAGCAAAAUGGCAGAACCCACGAAGCCAAUCCGCGUAGCACUCAUUGGGCUCCCAGGCGGUCCAAUCUCAGAAUACGAAGGCGUUUCCUGGACGGCCAACGCUCACCUGCCCUACCUCCUCGCCUCGCCGCAUUAUGAGAUCGUGGCUUUGAUGAACUCAUCCGUGGCAAGUGCUCGUUCGGCAAUAAAGCGUUACAAUCUGCCUUCUUCUGUUCGUGCUUAUGAAGAUCCGAACGAAUUGGCGGAAGAUCAAGAAGUGGACUUGGUCGUCUGUUCCGUGCGUGUAGAUCGCCACUUCUUGACGGUCAAGCCGAGUCUCGAAGCAGGAAAAGAUGUCUUUAUGGAGUGGCCACUGGACAAGAACGUUACCAUUGCAAGAGAGAUGAUGGAAUUGGCAGCGAAAUCGGGCUCUAGGACUGUGGUUGGCCUUCAAGCCGCGUUUGAUCCUGGUAUGAGGAUGAUGAAGAAGUACAUCGAUGAUGGAAAAUUGGGACGGGUGUUGAGUAGUACCGUGUUUGCGAGCGAGAUCAAUGGAGGCGAGACAGAGGUUAAAAAUGUGAGGUACUUUAUGGAUCGAGAGGUCGGGGGUAAUCUGGUUAGUAUUCGGUUCGGGCAUGCUUUUGAGGGCUUCGCUGCUGUGCUAGGCGAGGUCAAGAGCUGGGAUUCGCUGUUGGCGAAUCGACAUGCAGUGAAAGAUGUCGUUGACCCGGCGAAGGGUGGCGAGGUCGUGGUGAAGGAUGCGCCAAAUACGGUGCCGGAUCAGAUGAUGUUCCAAGCUACUAUGGGGGAGGAUUAUAUUCCAGUGUCCAUUCACCUCCGUGGUGGGAAACCGUUUCCUGGGACUCCAACAAUUGAGUGGCGCAUUCAAGGUUCGAAAGGGGAGUUGCGUCUCACUGCGCCGUCGGGGAGCUUGAAUGUUGGGAGACCUGAUAUGAAGGUCGAGUUCUGGGAGAUGGAGAAUGACACGGUUGAGCUGGUCGAGUUCGAGGAAGAUGAGUGGGUUAAGUUGAGGGUUGCAGCGAGGAACAUUGCCAGGGAGUAUGAAGCGUUCAGGAAGGGCGAGUGGGUUCCUGAUUUUGCGUGGGGGGUAAAGAGACAUGAGUUGAUUGAGGAGAUGUGGCAGAGAUAUGAUCGUGAGCAAGAAAGGAUGAAGGGUGGGAAGAUUUGA